UGACUAUUUUGCUGUAGGGUUGAUUAUAGUUUUGUUUGUUGCUCUCUUUUAGUGGUGCUCAUUUUACAUUUUAGGGAAGACGCGUUGGUUGACGGCAUGAUGUAAAUCUAGCAAGGGCGGCUGUUGCUUGCUUUGUUUAUUUUUGUUUACCUCCGAUCGCGUGUGUUCAGUUUGACGCGCGAAUCAUUUUCGUGCCUGAAAAUCAGGUUUCCUUAUUUGUACACACACUCAUACACCUACUGUAGUGCUCGGCGCCAUGCCCCUCGGUCCUCUGAUGAUUAGACAACCACGACAAACCUCAUCGCGUCAACGGCUAAAGAUCUUAGACCCGUUUCCAAUGAAUCCGUCCUACUGGAACGAGUACGCCGAGGACACCUUGAAUUACCUGCUCGAGAUCGAGGGGCGGUACGAUCGAUACAUGUACAAGGGACCUGACGUUGACUUCCCUAGUCAUCGUGCAACCCUCGUACAAUGGCUCGUAGAACUAUGCUAUGGCUGUUUCAGCUAUCAGCCCAAUACUCUCCAUAUUGCUGUAAACCUUUUGGAUCGGUAUCUGAGCGCUCACGGUGUUACGCUGGUGCCUUUGGACCAGCUUCAAUGUGUUGGAAUGUGCGCAUUGAUGAUCGCAGGGAAAAUGGAAGAGAACACGAUAAAACUCGAAAUAUUUGAGCUCUGCAGGCUGUGCGAUCUCUACACGCCUAGACAGAUAGCCAGCACGGAGCUGUCGAUACUCGUGGCCUUGAAGUUCGAGGUGUUGGUGUCCAGUGCCAGCGGGUUUUCGGAUUAUUUUAAGCGCGCCAUCUCUGCACCCCCCAUGGUGAUAGAGCUGAUUGAUUUUUUGUGUGAUCUUAGCCUGAUAUCCUACAAGUUCUUGGAUUUCAGCAACUCUCAGAUCGCGGCAGCAGCUGUGUGGAUAGCAUUAUGUGCGAUACACCAAGAUUGGAGCGAGGAGCUGGCAAUUCUGACGGGUUACAGCAGGACUGACCUGACACCUUGCUCAAUGUUAUUUAGAGAACUUGUAUGUUCUCAGAUUGAUACUGUGGAUUUGCGGUCCACCCUUGGUCAUAAAUAUCCGCUGGAGCAGAUACUUGCCACUCUGACGUAUGUUUUGCAAUAACCCGCUGUUGUAUAACCACACACAAAAAAGAAUAAAGUCGACCUU